AAGAGCGGUCGAUCCGUUCCUUCAGGCCACGCCAAGCAGGUGGCACGUGUACGACAUGCGCGUGUGUGCGCGUGUACGUGGGUGUACACGCGUGACGCGCUUCUGUGGUGUGCUGGAAAAUGGGAAAAAUGCAUUUGGAUAGCGUGUUCUCCGCGUAUAAAUAAUACUUCGUUCCGCGAUCACGUUCUGGUUCAUGAUUUGCAUGCUACACGUAUCAAUUUUCCUGUCAUGCUACGCGAUUGUGCUUUUGACGUUGCAGCUAAUUUUGGAACAAUUGUGCCCGGAUUGACGUUUUUAUAUCUUCCGCAAUGACAAAUAGCACAGUAGCGAGGGAAUGUUCCACAAUCGCGGUUUUAUCUUGCCGUUCCCUUAUCGACUAGUAUGACGUAUGCAUUUUUCCGCAUCUCGUUAGCGUUAAUCGCGACCCGACGACGAUGCCAGGCGAAUAGCAAACAACCUAACUCUUUAUGAUGCAUUUUUUUCCAAGGUCGACGCAGUUCUUUAAUUAAUUAAAUCUCGUAUACCGGAUUAAUAUAGGUCGCGUUGCUCGCUCUAAUCUACAUAACACGCGAUUUAUCCUCCUUCAUUACUACUCGUAGUCGUACGUAUAUAGUCGCUAAUCGAGACGCGUGAUCUUGUUGAUCUUAUGAUCUUAUCAACCUUACGAGUUGCUCGCAGACGCUUUACGUUCGCGAUUUAUAUACCAGGCUAGUUCAUAAAAUCAUGUCUAUUACACAAGUCUAUGCAUUUCGCAAUCAAUUCCUGAUAUGGCACAAAUAAACUCCGAUAAGAUAACGAGACUGUCGACAAGAAAACGCAUCAAACAAACCGUAUAAAUGACGUUUUAUUUAUUAUUUCAAGACACAUGCACAGAAAUACACGUAAACGUACGGACAUCACGUUAGCUUGUCCUAUUUUCUGCAAUGCGUGAUUUCAUCUAGCUCGCUAAUGUGCCGAGGCGAGUAUGCCUUCACCGAAUUACAUAGUGAAUGGAAGCAAGGCCACGACAGUUUCGUGUUCACGCUAAAGUUGUUCCAACGAAUUUACUUGGGCUGCGAGAGCGGAAACUUGAAUAAAGACAGAGUGAACGAAUAGAGUCGGUCAAGAACGCGAGGGUGUUCGCGCAUGAUGCAGUAUGCAUGCAUCAAUAACAGUGACGCAUUGAUUAUAUUGUUUGCGCUAAAAUAUCGACUAUAUUUCUUCGUGCACAAUACGCAAAUGUUUGAUAAUGAAUAUAAAACAAACAUAAAAUGGCCAUGAUUGUGUCAAUGCAUUCCAAAAAAUCAAUUGCCUCGAUAAUGAUAUAAUGGCUAGAAAUAUCUUGUAAAUAUUUGUUUUUGAAUGAAUAUGCAGCGAGGAGUUGAAUUAUUGUUUAAUUAUGCACAAAUGAUUCUCCUAUACUCCUUCUCAUACUCUAAAAUAAUUGUCAAAACGUCUAGUGUGCAAGGUCCGCAGACUAUUUUCUUCUGGGCACCGGCUUUUAAAUGGGGUCUGGUAAUGGCCGGCGUCGGUGAUUUGCAGAGGCCAGCGAGCAAAAUCUCCAUCAGUCAAUCUGGUGCCUUGGGGAUCACAGGAUUGAUCUGGACCAGAUAUUCCUUAGCCAUCACGCCAAAAAACUGGAACCUCUUUAGCGUGAAUCUCUUCGUAGCGUGUACGGCUAUAUACCAAAUUUUAAGGGCUUUCAGGUAUCAGCGUCAACAAGCGGCUUUAGAAGCGGCAAAUCAGAUGGCGGCUCCAUCAGACGCGGCUCACUGACGACAACUGUAUAGAUACACAUUCCUAGACGACAAAAAUAAGGAUAUAUUUAAUUGCCUCGUUAUUUCGUGUUCCAGGAAAUGAACAUGAAUAUUUAUGUUACCAGUUUACGUUGACGAAUAAUUCAGUGAUAUGUCUAAUGUGUACGACCAAUACGUACCUUAAUGCAAAUGAGAAACUAAAGAAGAUGGACGAACGAUACAUCCUUAAAUUAUAUGCUAACUGAUUCAAACUGUGUUAUAGGAAGACCUAACAUAAUCGCGUUCGAUCCGUUGACGACCGAGCGUCGCCUGUAGUGCGAACAUGAUGUAACUUUUGAACGUAAUUUCAAACGAAAAUCAACGUCAUCCCACAAUGUUACAAAGUGAUAAUUCUAAACAUUUGAAGAGCGUCUGAUCGGCGUUUAAUCUGGAACACCCCUCGAACGUCUUCGCGAUAUCUCUUGGGUGAUUAUAUUAUCAUGUAUUAGAAUGUAUCACAUAGAGAACAUCACACGGUCCGAUAGUGCGCAACGCUUUGUUACUGUAUAGUAUGCUCGAAUUUGCGGUGCCGAAUUUACUCGCGCUGCCAUCGGCGCACUCCAGUCACCUGACAAACCUUUUCAAAAGCAGGUACAAAAAAGACACCGAGUGCAAAAAAUUUGUAAAUGUAAAAAAACUUGACGUUGCUGGUUUUCAAACGUGAACCGUUAAUCCAGCACGGCGCCAAGUGUUUAAACAUUUUUUUUUAUUAAAACGCUGUCAUAUAUCUUUUUCAUAAAACCAACCAGCGCGUGCACUUGGCGUCUUUUUUGUACCUUUUUGUGAAAAGGUUACCAGGUGAUCGCCGGCGGCAGCCACAAGUAACUGACACCGUAAAUUCGACCAUUUGCUGUACAGUGACACAGCGUUGCGCGCUAUCGGAUCGCUAAUACGGUCGUCAUGCGCCACGUGCGUUCUACCUCGAGUUGCGUUCGAGUUCUACCUCGUUAACGCUCACGGUGCUUCCACCAUAGGUGUUAGCGCGAAAUUAUAUGUAUAUAAAAUCACGCGGUACCCCUGACAAAUGUACAAAGCGCUAUCCUUGUAUUCCACUAAUGCUGUAACUGCCUCGCUUCCUUAAUCGGAUGAAAUAAAUGACAGAUAUUUUUAAU